CGUAAUUAAACACGCCUACAAAAAAAAGAUGGCUGGGGAGGAUGAUGUAUUGACAGAUGCUCGAUCAGGAUGGCUAACCAGUUGGCUUCCAGCAUGGUGCCCUACAUCCUUCUCACUUCUCAGAGAAGCUGAAGAAAAAAUGCUAAAAUGUGUCACAAGUAACUAUACAAAACGAUAUAUUGGAAUAUCAAAUGGAAACAGAAUAUGGACUUUAACUUUCAAUAAAGACAUUAGCGGCAAAACUCCGCUAGUUCUAAUCCAUGGAUUUGGCGGUGGAAUUGGACUGUGGGCACUUAAUCUUGAUGCCCUUUGCCAAGAGAGGACAGUGUAUGCAUUUGACCUUCUGGGAUUUGGACUCAGUAGUAGGCCCAAGUUCAGUAAUGAUUCAGAAGAGGCAGAAAACCAAUUUGUAGAGUCAAUAGAGGAGUGGAGAACAAAAGCAAGACUGGAGAAAAUGAUAAUAAUUGGCCAUAACCUUGGUGGAUACUUAGCUGCUGCCUAUUCUCUGAAGUACCCAUCCUGGGUAAAACACCUUGUUUUAGUUGAACCUUGGGGUUUUCCAGAAAGACCUAACAUUGUUGAUCAAGAGAGGCCAAUUCCCAUCUGGAUUAAAGCACUAGGAGCAUUGCUGAGCCCAUUUAAUCCAUUAGCAGGUCUCAGACUGGCUGGGCCAUUUGGAUUAAGUCUUGUUCAGCGUUUAAGGCCUGACUUUAAACAAAAGUAUGCGUCACUGUUUGAUGAUGAAACUGUGGCAGAAUAUAUUUACCACUGUAAUGUCCAGUCACCUAGUGGUGAAACUGCCUUCAGAAGCAUGACCAUACCUUAUGGAUGGGCAAAGAGGCCAAUGCUGCAACGCAUUGAGCAUUUAGAUCCUAACAUUCCAAUCACGGUGAUAUAUGGGGCCCGAUCUUGUAUAGAUGGAAAUUCUGGAAAUGCAAUCAAAAUGCUGAGGCCGGGUUCAUAUGUGGAGACUAUUGCUAUCCGUGGUGCAGGUCAUUACGUAUAUGCAGAUCAGCCAGAAGACUUUAACCAGAAGAUAAUCGAGAUAUGCAGUUCUGUGGACUGACUGGGACUAUGGCUGUGUCUGAAGGCUAUUUCAGUGCCAGCUGGCAAGAUUGAAACAGGACCUCGUUUAGCAACAGGCAGUCUCUUAGAGGAUGACUCCUACAGAAUUGCAACACAGGAAAGAAAAUAAUGCCAACCGAGAGACAGUUUGCUCUUUGCCUGUGUGCUACUUUUCUUGGAAAUUGAUAGUUUUCCAAAUCAGUGCCUUUUUUAAAGUACUGUAUUUCAUGUGAGCAGCUGCAAGCUUUCUUCUUUUCUGUAUAUUUAUGUGAAUACAUUUAGACAGAAGAAUAUGCUUUUAUGACUCUAUACUUACAAGACAGAUGUAUUUUUAGGAAAAGUCAUAUUUUCUAAGUUACCCGUCACUCUGAACAUUGUAAUGUAUGGUGCUAUGGUUGCACUUUAUACUAUAUUCUUAUUCUGCUAAAAUUGCUGCACACCUGAUACAGUUUGCCACUAUAGGGUUUUUAUGCCCCUGCCUUUGUUUAUUUAUCCUGUUGAGCCAACCAGCCUUCAUCUUUAGGCUUGAUUGCCACCGCAGCAAGGUCUUUUUCAAAGCAAACUUCACCUCCUCGGGUUGUUCCUUAUUGUUGAAAAUUGAUAUAGCAAUCAAACCCUGCCUGAAAGAUGAUUUCAGAUGGUCACUCACAUAGGCACUCAUACAUAAACCAUGGGGUUACCUCUGUUCUUUCCGUUAGUUGCCUCUUGAAAGUUAAUAUUGGCUCUUGGAAGUUGUAUAAGAUAGCAUGAUAUGUGCACACACCCUUCUUUAUAAUGUUUAAUAGAGGUUAUGUUAUCUCCUAGGUACAGAUCACUUAGUAUCCUCCAUCACUUGACAUUUGUCAAUGACAGGAAAGCACCCAGAUCUCUGUUAAAACCCUCCGUCUAUGAAAUGAGAAUAGUUUGAUGAAACCUGGAUGCCUCGCCCAUUAUCCUCCCUAGAUUUGCAAGUCGUCUGCUAGGACACUGUGUUUUGUAAAUUGUAGUCAGGUGCUUCAAACUUUUGUAUGUAAAACUGCACUGCUUAAAGUGUAGCAAAUCUUAGCAGUUGUAUAAUUUGGCUGAAAUUACUGAUCAUUUCAUGUGUUGUUACUGUGUAUAGUGUUUAUAUUUUAUUAAUUUAUUUAUUUAUUAAGUGGGUAAAGGAACUGGUCUUUCUCAGAUUCAACUGAGUAUGAUAAGCUUAUUUCAAUUGCUAGUCCACCACGGUAAUAGCAUAGGUAUUCUGUGGGGUUUUUUUUUUUUGUUGUUUUUCCCCAUCAUGAUAGCAUCUAAUACAUUUCAUCUCUACAGCAGCAAGAUUCAUUUUAGAAUUAAGUUUGUCUGUGCAUUAUAAAAAUAGGUAAUGUUUAUCAUCUUGCAACACUGAGAAGUCUUAAUUGCCUGGUUGAUAUCAAAUUGCCUGAUGUCAUUCCAUGGUUAAUCACACAGUUCAAAAAAAAAUCAGCGAAUCACUGUACAAAGGUUGCUCACAUUUUUUUCCUACUGAGAGCAGCCGGGUGAUUGGCUUACCCCUGUAUUCUGAUCUGAUGCAUGCAAGUCUAUACAGGUGCAGAGUUCAGGGGAUAUGAUUUUUUUAAAUUUAUUUGUUAACUGGGUAAUCUCACUGGACACAACUGUUCCUUUAUAGGGCAGCCUGGGAAGAGUGUCUGUUUAAGUGACUUGCUCACAGUAGGUUAUAGUAUUGUAGCUUUACUGCCCCAUUGUUGUGUUUGUGUACUCCUGUGAUGUUUGUUUAUCAUGAUGGGAAGGUUAUGCUGCUUUCUUUCCUGAGCUUAAUUUUACUUAGCCCUGUUCCAUUUUGUUGUGAGACCAUCUGCUGAACUUGGUGGUCUUUAUACAUUUGCUGUUUGAUUCUAGAGAACAUGUCCCAGUUUUUGUGAUAAUGUGAUCACCAGUUAUCUUUCUUUUGUCAACUGAAUUUUAAUGAUUUCUGUCCUUCAGUCUGAAACAUUUAUUCCAUUGUGUUUUAUUUAGUACUUACAGAUAUCUAAAGGUCUCAGUUAUGUUGAUUCUGUUCUUCCUCUCCUUAAAGGAGGUCAUCUCAAGUUUCCUAAGCUUCCCUUUUCUCUCUCACAUUGUUGCCUUUCUUGGAAUACACAAUUUUAAAAAAUCAUAUGCUGCUUUGCACAUACUUAAUAAAUCUUUAUGCAAAAGUCUUUAUUUUGAAGUGAGUGGAAAUGUGUAAAUUAAUAUAUUACUACUUGUCAUUUGGAAGUGAUUUUUUAGCAAAACUUUAAUUGCCGCCUUCCCACAGGACCACGUCCUUUUGUGAUUGACAGAUGUUCUCUACACAGCAAAAAAAAAAAAAAAAAUUAAAGGCUCAUAAAUUCUACGUGUAAUGUCUUUCAUUUCUUUACAUUAACUGCCAGUUUUUAAGAUCUGACCCAGUGCUGAAGCCAUUGUAGAAUGUACCGCAUUGCCCCAUCUUCACCAUUAUCAUAUGAUUUUAUCUUCCUUCAGUGCAUUUAGAAGUCUUUUUCUCCUACUGAAAUUAUAGUUUUGAUGGUAACAUGAUUUUUUCAUAGAUUUAAGGUAUACAUAAUUAUGUUAGCCAUGAAAAUCAACCUUGUAUACCUUGUAUCACCUAUGAAAAAGUUGUUUUGGGUUGGGAAUUGAUAUAAUGGUUAAGGUGUUUGCUUCACAGUUACAAGGUUUGAUUCUCACAUUUGAAAGGGAAAUUAACUAGCAUUAAAAUGGCCCACAAGGACUGCUAGCCUAAUACUUACCUAUGAACAAAUACAAGGCUUGAGUUUGUAACUCUAAUGCCAGCACAUUAAGUUUUAAAAAUUACACUGGAACUAUAAGCCUAAACAAGACAUGAGGAGAGGAUACACUAUCGUGUUACAGACACCCCAGUGUGCCACUUUACCAUAAAGAUAGUCUCGCCUAUCAGAUGGUGUUUCUGCCUUCAGGAAAAUGGCAGAUGUCUGUAACAAAGGAGCUAUUUGUUGGCACAGACUUUUAUUAAUAAAUAAAAUAUAAUUUAAAAACUUUGCAAGGAGGUUUAUGUAUACGUGCACGUACAAAUAUGUCUGCAUGUGUGUGUAUAUGUUAAGAAAAGAGUUGCCACAUUUUAACAAGGCCAAAGUGGGACAUGGGAGUGUGGCCAGUAAGACACAGGGUGUGACCAAUAUGACACUGGCCACACCUCCACCACAACAUUACCAGAGGUGUUAGAGCUGCAGUAUUACAGUUAUGGGUACAACAUUGUGACAUUACAGCAUACUGAAAACUCAAACCACUGCAUUAACUUCUGAGCAUGCAUCCACAAAAAAAAAAAAAAGGAAAAAGUCCGUAAAGAUUUAUUAAGAAUACUUCUUGCAAGAGCAGCUAAAAUAAACUACAAUGUACCGCAGACUCCAUGGACACCUUUUACCCCAAAACAUAGCAAUUAAUAGUAAUUUACCCAGCACAGUGAUGCAAUAAACAGGCCAGAGCAAAAUCAGCAUCCCCAUAUUCACACAUUACAAGCAAAGCAGGGCAUUUUAACCAUAUUAAAGGCAGCAUAAAAAUAAAAUGCACACAUUUACAACUAUAAAUGAAAACAAUCUUGAAACAGCUUCAGCAUGUUGGCAAC